AUGCUGGUGCGCACAGCGUUCCCUUUUCCCUCAAAGGCGCCAUCAUGGUUUGCGGGACACAUGGCGCGUUCGCUGCGCGAGCUUCCCGCGCUCCUUGAUGAGGUGGACCUGGUCUUUGAAGCACGCGACGCCCGCCUUCCGCUCACAUCGGUCAACCCGGCAUUUGACGCCAUGCUCGAGCGCGUCUGGGGACACUCUGGAGCUGGACCAGACAGGCGAGGCAAAGGAAAGGAAAAGAUUGUGGUGUAUACGAAGCGCGAUCUCGCAGAGGAGCGGUAUGAGAAGCCCCUUACCCACACGAUGUGGGAGCAAGCGCGGCAACGCGUACAAUUCGUCGACUCGCGCGUGGACGCGGACGUGCGUACGCUUCUACGACAGGCAGCGGCGCGCGCGCGCUCCGCCGGCGAGGCCGCGACGGACCUGAAAGUCUUGGUGGUCGGCAUGCCGAACGUGGGCAAGUCGUCGCUGCUAAACGCGCUGCGUCGCGUAGGCGUGCGCAAGGGCAAAGCGUUUACGACAGGCGCGAUGCCCGGCGUCACCCGUCGCCUCACGGGCACCGUGCGCGUGUACGAGAAGCCGCCUGUGUACGUGUUCGACACGCCCGGCGUCAUGGUCCCGUACAUGGGCCACGGGGUGGCGGGUGUCGAGCGCGGGCUGAAGCUCGCGCUGACCGCCGGCCUGAAGGAGGGCCUGUUCGAGCCAGAAGUCGUAGCGGAUUACCUCUUGUAUCGGCUAAACCUGCGGUUGGCGGCCGAGCAAGAGCUGACGCCCGACGAGUUCCAGCGUGACUACACCGCCAAGUUGCCCGGAUCUAUCGCGCCAACGCAGAACCUCGCUGAGUUUCUCGACGCGCUGGCGUUCCGCCUCGGCGCGCUCCGUAAGGGCGGAGAACGCGACACCGAUGCCGCGCUCACGUUCCUCCUCAAGCAGUUCCGGGAGGGGCGGCUGGGCCGGUGGACCCUCGAUGACGUGGACGGGCUCGAAGCGGCGUACGUCGCAAAACAUGGGGCCCGGGUGGUUGAUAGCGGGGUGACGGUGAGCGAGAUGGGGGCGAUUGGGCGGCAGGUCAUUGAGAUCCCGGAGAUUGAAGAUGAGGUUGAGGUGGCGGAGCCACUCGCGCAGGCUUCCGGCCCAGUCUCUGACGCAAUAUCGCCCGAGCUUUACCCCCCACCUCUUGACGACACACCACUCCCGCCCCUCCCGCCAUCGCUUGACGAGCGCGUGGCGCUUACGGUCGGUACACAUCUCGCCCGUGCAGAGGAGGAGAAGGCGGAUGCCGACGCAGGGCGCAACAUGUCCGCGACGCAGGUCAAGAAGACUGAGCUCCGAGCUAAGGCUGAGUUCCGCAUCGCAAAGGCCAAAGAGAAGGGCCUCGACAAGCAGCGGCCGGUCAAGGCCUUCGGGUACCACGCCAACAAGGGCAAGGGCGCGAACACGAAGAAGCGGCGCAAGUAG